AUGGCCCUCAACUACAAGAAUAUCGAGUACGAGACACAGUGGCUCGAAUACCCAGACGUUGCGCCGACCCUGCGGGCUGCCGGCCUGGCCCCCAACGAGGGCGGCCCGGAAGUAACCGCCUACACCAUCCCGACCGUCAAGUUCCCUGACGGCACGUACGUUAUGGAAAGCUUCAAGAUCGCGCAGGAAAUCGAGAAGCGCUACUCGUCGGCGCCUCCGCUGCGGCUAGACCACCCUGUCGUCGCCCAGAUUAUCGCCGUCAUCCCCACCAUCCAGAAGCCGCUGUCCGCCGUGCUGAUACCGCGCGUCCCGCGCGUUCUGUUGAACGACAAGAGCGUGCCCUACUUCCAGGAGACGCGCAAGGUGCGUUUCGGCAUGUCGCUCGACGAGUACGAGAAGGAGAAAGGUGGCGACGCGGCGUGGGUGGCCGCGAAGCAACCCAUCGAGAACCUCGCCGCCCUCUUGAGGCAAACGAAGACGGCCGACGGCCCUUACUUUUUGGGGAGCGAAGUGUCGUACGCGGACUUCAUCGUGGCCUCGUUGCUGCAUUUCGUUAAAUUGCUUGGGCCCGAACUGUACGACCGUUUCGUCACUCAUGACAAGGCGUUCGAUGAUCUCUAUCAGGCCUGUGCUAAGUGGCUUGAGCGGGAUGAUCACUGA